GAUGAUUGUCACCCCAAUAGUAUUGGAUUCAUGUGCCCGGAGAUGAUCUCGGCCACCAUGUUAAAGUCCGAUGCAGAUCGAAUUCUAUUGUACAUGACGAGGUCCAUGAGUGCACUUAGUUCUAAGACAUUCAUCUUAUGUCCAUACUACGAAAAGAGUCACUGGAUGCUUUUAGUUCUUUGCUUGUCUAAACGUGAGGUCUACAUAUUUGAUUCUCAACAGAAGAAGAGAAAUUUGAUGAUUAAGGAGCCACUAAACAAUGCUUUUCGGAGUUACAAGAGACUAGGUGGACAAUCUAAGGGAACUAAAUUAACAUGGAUUCCAGCACAGUGUGCUCAACAACCGGGAUCACUAGAUUGUGGCUACUACGUCAUGCGUUUUAUGUACGACAUAAUAAUGAAUCAUGGUAAUAGUCAAGAUCUUACUAAGGAUUUUUCAAGAACAUUGCCUUAUUCAGCGGAGGAGAUUAAUGAGGUGAAAGAUUUUUGGGCAGAUUACUUCAUGAACAAUGUCGAAUUUUUAGCUUAAUUUGUAAUAUGAACUUGAUCUCUAGCUAGCUACGUACC